AUGGCCCGUCUAACCACCACCACCACGACCGGAACCCACUGGUUCCCAGCCCUCACCACUCUUCUCCUUGUCGCAACCUCCUCCUCAACAUCUGCCCUCCCCAACAACACUUCCCCUUCCUCCUCGUCAGCUGCUGCUACUUUUUCCACUGCUGUUGUUGCAUCUUCAUCCUCCCCACCAACCGUAACCCUCCCCCCCUCUCCCUCCACCCCCCUCGACCCAUCCACCAUCUUCAUCGGCCGCUCCCUCCCCGAGUUCUCCCAGGACCUCUUCCUCGGCAUCAAGUACGCCGACCAGCCCACGCGCUUCACCCCGGCCACCCUCAAGACCCGCUACCGCGCCAGUGACAGCGACAGCGAGGCGUCCACCUCCACCGAAGACACCUCGGACGAUGACGAUGACGAUGACGACGUGCAGACAGUCCACUACAACGCAACCCAAUACGGCAACGACUGCCCCGGCUACGGCAGCGACGAGACCACCCUCGUGGACGCCGGCUACACGCGCCUGAGCGAGGACUGCAUGAAUCUGAAUGUGAUUCGGCCUGCCGCUGCCCCCGGGACGGAGGGGUUGCUCCCCGUCAUGGUGUGGAUCUUUGGGGGUGGGUGGAUUCAGGGCGCGACGAGUGACCCGAGGUAUAACAUGAGUUACAUCCUGCAUCAAGGCGCACUCAACGACAAACCGGUGAUUGGCGUGUCGAUCAACUAUCGGGUCGCUGCAUUUGGGUUUUUGGAUUCGAAGGAGGUUAUGGAAUCCGGAAAUACGAAUCUGGGGCUGCGGGAUCAACGCGUGGCCUUGCGGUGGGUGAAAGAGAAUAUUCGGGCUUUUGGGGGCGAUCCGGACAGGAUUACGAUCUGGGGGGAGUCUGCAGGGGCUUAUAGUGUUGGGGCGCAUCUGGUGACGAAUGAGGGGGAUAAUGAGGGCCUGUUCAGGGCUGCGAUUAUGGAAUCGGGCAAUGCAGUCGGUCCCCCCUGGAACGGCACGGACUGGUAUCAACCCAUGUAUGACCAGAUUGUGAAUAAGACGAACUGCACCACCGCCUCCGACACCCUGCAGUGUCUCCGCGAGGUCCCCUUCGAGACCUUCUAUCCCCUCGCCUACAACGGGCUCGAAUGGUUCGGCACCAUCGAUGGCACCUUCAUCAAGGAGAAGCCCCAGAUCAGCAUCACCGAAGGCCGCUUCGCCAAGGUGCCCAUCCUGCACGGGACCAACACGGACGAGGGCACGAGCUUCGGCACCACGGGGACGAACACGGACGAGGAGUGUAUUGAGCAGUUGGUCGCCUCCAAACGCUGGGUCCUCGACCGCGACCAAGCGACGCAUCUGCUCGGCCUUUACCCGAAUAUCUCGGCCCUGGGCUGCCCCUACGGCUGGGGCAACGUCACCUGGCCGUCCCGCGGGUACGAGUACAAGCGGUACGAGUCGAUGGCGGGCGAUCUGUGCAUGGUCGCGCCGCGGCGGCUGCUGGGCACGCAGAUGGCGCGGUACGAGACGGAGGUGUAUGCGUACCGGUGGGAUGUGGCGGCGUUGAACGAGACGAGCGUCAUUGGCGUGCAGCAUUUUGCGGAGAUCCCCUUCGUCUUCGCCAACCCGAACCAAACCAUCACCCCUCUGGGCUCCGACCCCGCGCGUCUGGCCCUGGGCAAUCUGGCCGCGAGGAUGUGGACGGCGUUUGUGACGGAUUUGGAUCCGAACGGGCAUGGCGUCGACGGGAUCCCCCACUGGCCGCGCUAUACGCCGUCGGACGGGCCGUCCAACUUCGUCUUCCGGUUGCCGCGGACGGAGAGUUAUGUCGAGGCGGAUACGUAUCGGGCGGAGGGGAUUGAGUAUAUCAACUCGAUUGCGCGGUAGUUUUUGUUUCUGGUGGGUGCGUGAGCUGGGUGGUUGAUAUGUGCGUUGUCGAUGGAGGAUGCGGAAGGAGUGUC